UACAAUUAAGAUUAAAUUCGAUGGGCACAAUUAAUUCAGUUUUUAUUAGAAUUAAACUAUUACUUUUACCGUGUUCGCAAACACUGCAGCUUUUUUUUUAAUCUGGCGGUCAAGCGUGAAGUUAGGUCCGUGAAGUUCGCGUUAAAGAAUUUUCAAGUUCAUCGAAAUUGAACUAAAAACAAGUUAAUCGCCGUUAAAGUUUCGUAAUAACUUCGCGAUAUGUUGCGCGUAGACGACGAUAACGAUAAAAAGGUGCGCGGGCACAGUCGCUGCUCCAGCGAUUCCAGCCAAUUCAUCGAGGCGACGAAAAGGGACGCCCUGAAUCGCCUGCAAAACGAAUUGGACAAAAUCCUGCAAACCGACGAGUCGGGCAAAUCGGCCACCAUGCGCAAGGAGUUCCAGGGCUUCGUCGGGCUGUUUACCCGCUUCCUGAAGGAGACCGGCCCCUCGGUCGAGUGGGAGAGGAUCGAAAGGCUGCCCGAAGAUGCCGUUAGAAGUUACGAAACGUUGCAGAAACCUACGGCCGAUUUGGUGCACCAGAUGCUCGAUAAACUGGUGGUGGUGAAAUUGAACGGCGGUUUGGGGACUUCGAUGGGUUGCCAUGGACCCAAGUCGGUGAUAACCGUGCGAAAUAACCUCACCUUUCUCGAUCUAACUGUGCAACAAAUCGAGAAUUUGAACAGAACGUACAAAGUGAACGUGCCAUUGGUAUUGAUGAAUUCCUUCAACACCGACGAAGAUACCGAGAAGAUAAUAAGGAAAUACAGGAAUCUGCAAGUAGAAAUUCUCACGUUUAACCAAUCCUGCUAUCCCAGGAUAAACAGGGACUCUCUAUUGCCGAUCGCCAAGGACGCCAAAGUCGGCGGCAACACCGAGGCCUGGUAUCCUCCUGGUCACGGAGACUUUUACAACAGCUUCAAAAACUCCGGGUUGCUGGAUAGGUUCAUCAAAGAAGGCCGCGAUUACUGUUUCGUAUCGAACAUCGACAAUUUAGGCGCCACCGUGGAUUUGAACAUACUCAAUCUGUUGCUGAAUCCCGACCACGAAAAAGGCCAGCACGAAUUCGUCAUGGAAGUCACCGAUAAGACCAGAGCCGAUGUUAAAGGUGGUACUCUUAUUCAAUACGAAGGGAAAUUGAGAUUAUUAGAAAUAGCGCAAGUACCCAAAGACCACGUGGACGAAUUUAAAUCGGUGAAAACCUUCAAGUUUUUCAAUACAAACAACCUUUGGGCCAAAUUAGACGCCAUCGACCGAGUCCUGAACGAAGGGCUGCUCAGCAUGGAAAUCAUAGUGAACAACAAAUCCUUGGACAACGGCCAGAACGUCAUUCAAUUGGAGACGGCCGUGGGGGCGGCCAUGAAAACGUUCGAAGGCGGCAUCGGCAUCAACGUGCCGAGGAGCAGAUUUUUGCCGGUGAAGAAAACCUCCGAUCUGUUCCUGGUGAUGAGCAACUUGUACUCGCUGAAAAACGGCUCGUUGACGAUGUCCCCGCAGAGGAUGUUCCCGACGACGCCGCUGGUCAAAUUGGGCGACAAGCAUUUCGCCAAAGUCAAGGCGUUCUUGGAGAGGUUCGCCGCCAUUCCGGACAUCCUGGAGCUGGACCAUUUGACGGUGUCCGGGGACGUGACGUUCGGGAAAGGGGUGUCUUUGAGGGGUACAGUAAUUAUAAUCGCAAAUCACGGUGACAGAAUCGACAUACCUGCGGGCGCCAUUUUGGAAAACAAAAUCGUCUCUGGCAACAUGAGAAUACUAGAUCAUUGAAGCGAUUAAAAGAAACUAACAAUAACCAGAAGAGAUCUAUAAUAAUUUAUUCGAGAGGUGAGUUUAAUAUAAUUAUAAAUCUCUCGAUAUUUAUAAUUAAUUAUCCCCCGGUUUUUAUUGUUUUGUUGUGAAAUUUGAAAUUUUGUUAUUUUUUCCUAAAUUGUUUAUUCAAAUUUAUAUAUUAUACAUCUUUAAAAUAAAAUAUACUAUUAUUU